UAUGUGCGGAUGACUUCAACCCGAAUCGGAACCGCCUCCCCCACCCCUUUUUCUUUUUUGUUCGGACGGAUGUAGGGGGCCAGCAAUGGAGGACCUCAUCAAACCGGAAGCAAUCGUAGAAGCGGUGAAAGCGCGCGUCAGCCAGAUCUCCGCCACCCAAAGAGCCCUGCUGGUAGCAGGCACGCCAGACUCCGAGACCAAGGCCAUCCUGGUGGACACCAUCACCGAAGUGAUCCAAAAGAUCACGUCUGACGUGGUAAAGCACCUCCAGCCGGUGUUCAUCGAGCACCUGCGAGGACACGCGUCCCAGGCGCAGGUGAACAUGGCGAUCGAUCGGUGCAGCCCGAGACUAAGCGAGUGCAUCACGGAGACCUUCUCGGCAGCCCUGGACAGCCCGCCGCAGAAAUGCGAGGGCGUCAUGGAGCUCACUUCCCUCAUGGAGUCCGAGGUCAAGCACCGGGUGAACUCAGCCUUGUCGGUGGCCAAGAGCACCACCGAGUGGCCAUCGGAGCCCACUCUCCUCAUCAGAGGCACCAUGUCGAGCGUGGCCAACCUGGCCUCUAUUUUCCGCAAGGCCUUGGAGUACUUCAGACACGUCUUCUCGAGGGCUCGAACCCCGCGUCAGUUGCUGUGCGGCAGCUCCGACAUGAAGGUAAACGAGAUGACCGACUCCGUUCGCCGGAUCCUUCUCAAGUGGUCGAGCCCCAAGGAGUCCAGGGGUUCCGAAGUGAUAGACCCGGUCACGUUGGAGGACGCUCAAUUAGCGGCGGUAGAUAUCACCAAGACCAUCACCCAGGACUCGUACGGCGGCUCAGGGGACGCGGGUGUGCGCGGAGAGGCCCGCAUCACGCGCUUCAACCUCAAUUGGAAGUUGAUCUUGAAGAAAGUCAAGAACUUCUUCAAGUCCGUCGACAGGCAAAGCGGGGUGGGGAGCAAGAGAACGCGGCGCUCUCGCUUCUUCAGCUUCGCUCGCAUGCAAUUUGCGCGCAUGCUCGGAUCGCUAAAGAGCGCCUUCAAGAACCGGGAUGCCUGCUUGGUGUCUCUCACGCCGGACCGCCGAUCCCGCACCGAAGACGGUGGCAGCCCAUCGGGCGCAACCAGCGAGGGGACUAAGGUGCCGGAUUCAAGGCCUGCCUACCGAACCAGCACGCUGUGUGUUCGCCAAUCCCAACACCCGACCUUCGACUUCGAGAACAUCCAGGAGAGCGUGGACAAAUUGUACACGGAGUUCAACCAGAUGGAUAUUCCGGACCGAGCCGGGAAAGUCAAGCGGUACAUCGACGAAAAAAUUGGCAGCUUCUCAGAGGAACUCACGUCCCAAUUGUACGCCUACGUCAUGUCCUGUCAGAGUGACGUGUACGAGGUGCCGUCAGGCCGUCCGCAGACACCUCUAAUGGACACGGUCCUCUGGGGCCGACGGGGUAAGAUCCAUUGGGAUGGGCAGAUCUUCUCCCCAGAGGUACUGUACGCCAUGACGGAGGACGCUGUGUGGAGGUUCCUGCAGCAGCUCUUCCUCUGGCUGGACGUAGAGCCUGCCAACGAGGAAACCUAUGCGGACGAAGUGUCUGGUGCUCUCACGGACAUAAAUCAACUGGUGGAGAAGGCAAUGAGCCCGCAGAUAGGCACCAGUGAGGAACUCCCCGUGGAGGAGCAGGUGGUCCCCAAGCUAGAUUUGGAGCAGUCCUCGGAGGCUUCUGCAUCGACGCUGCGCACCACCACACCAGAGAUCCGCAGCCGCACAGCAGACAAUCCCACCAUGACGCCGGAUUUACGCCUUGGCACUACACCGGAAUUGCAAUCUAGCAGAUCAGCAGAUAUACGCACCCGCACCACGCAGGAGUUGCGCACUCACACCACGGAUGAUGAGGGCACCAACACUGAUGAGAUGUUGUCAGAGCUGGAGUCUGAAAACAUUCCCGCGCUGCAGGAGAAGCUGACCCGCCUGCUUGUCUACACUUUGAUCACACAGCUGGGCAAGAGGCUGCGGAGUAAGCGUAAGAGAGGCGUGCGCAUUGACGCUCUCGUCCUCGUCAUCGAACGGCUCCUUUACCGGGCCUUGGAGGAGAUCACCCCCCGCAACAUCAGAGACAUCCGGAACCUGUCCAGCAUGGACCAGGUCGUCACGCCGGUGGUUAAAGACCUCAUGGUGGAGUUCGGCACCCCGUACAGACUGGCUGAAGCCGUGAUGGCAGACAACCCUGUGUUUGACGACGCGGUCUUUCGGCAUCUCAAGAUCCACAUCAGUGCCAUCAAAGAUCCGCCCAGACGGGGUAACAUCUUUUCAAUCAUAAACAAAACUUUGGCCAUGCUCCGGUUUAUGGGGAGCUCUUAUUGAUGCAACUUAUGAUGUGGAAGUCUAUACAUAAUAUGCUGCACCUGUAUGGCAGGUUAAAAAAAAACAUGGCAUUUCAUCUGUAGACACUCACUGGCCAAUACAUUAGGUACACCUGGAAAAUCUUUAAGAUUUUAGAGAAAAAUGCUCAGUUCUGAUUUAUAUGGGCAGAAAGAUAAUAAUUGAACAAUUCAUAUCAGAGUGUAGGGUUGGUGCAGUGCAUCAAUGACAACUUUAGAUUACACACUGCCUGCAGUGUUGUGCAGUAAUUUAUAUUUUAAGUGUAAAAAUAGUCAUCAGAAUUUGGAAUGGAUGUAUCAUCUUGUUGACAACAUAUGUACAUAACGCUGCCAUAAAGUGACAAUAUUGCACCUUGAGGUUCAUAUUAGCACUCACUGUAUAAGUUUUUAUCAGUAAUAAAAAUGCUCCCACAAUAAAACUCAGCACAGGUGGACAGGAGCAUUUGAUGCCCUGCAGGAAAUUAUAUUUAAAACAAUUAAAACAACAACAAAAAAUUAGAUCCCUAAUGUUGCAUUGUUGAAGUUUGUAUUUUAUCAUAUGUAGUUUCAUACUUUGGCACUCUAACCUGAACACUAGCACAAAAUUAUGUUCAAUCGGCAAUUUAAUAUGCUUUAAAAAAAAAAAAAAAAAAAGAUGCAGAGUUUAUAAUGCUUGCAUUGGUUAAAUUGAUAAAUAACAUCAAUGCCAGCUGUCCACAUCCAAAUUCAUUGUGGUGCUGAUUUCCCUCACUGUUCAAAACACCUUUUAUUCAACAUAAAAUUGAAAUCCUGUUAUGUUGAAUUCCCAAACACUUUCAAUAGCUAUUUAAGCUACAACAAAACAACAAAUUAAAUAAUGCUGAAUUAGACCGAUAUUAAUCUGCAGACUUACUAUCCCUUUUUUUCUGCAUUACAAUGAUUGAUUUUAACAAAACAAGCCCACUCAAAUGUGUCGACCAUGCACCUUUCAUUUGUUAUUGUCAAAGGAAACGUUCGACUUUCAAUACAGAUAACGUUUGUACCUAAUUUUCCAGUGCUGUGGACAGUGAGUGCUCAAGCAUGCAUUUAUUUAUCAUUAUAAAUUGACAUUUUGUAUUGUUAAGACGUUAAAAGUCACUGUGUCAUUGUAAUUCCAUGGAAGCCCAUGUAAAUAAGUGUAUAUACACAAAUGUCUAUACAGUACAUAUAUUCAAAUAAAGAUUGCAAAUACAGAGCAAGCACCUGCAAAGUUAAGAAGUUUUUUUUUUUAUGAACGUAAAUGUUUCCAGGUGUGUGGUAAUGUCCCUGCAGGUGAU